AUGCUUCUGAAGAGGACCAGCUUUGAGGCCGUCAUCGAGGGGUUUGAAGCAGAUGCACCAGCAAAAUGGCCCCUCAAGGGCAAGAGCCUCCCCUAUGUCAAGCUGCAAUGGGCCAUGGAGGACUGCUACGCCCAAGCCACCGCACAGGGCAAGGAUGGCACUGCGCCUGCAAAACCUGACCCCCCGCCCUUCUUCCGCUCCCUCACAGAAGAAAUCAGGCUUGUUGACAGGCAUUUUGUGCGCACGGCUCUGCGCAUCCUGAACCUGAAUGGCUGGACCUCGAGGCUGCGGCUGGGUGCGCUGCGCGCGAUGAUGUGCCAUUCUGCCGUGGAAUGCGAGAGGGCGAGGCUGGCGGCGGAGGUGCACUGGUGCCAGCAGUACGCGGCCAUCAACCGCAUCGCUCUGCAGCGCCUCACCGAGCAGUACGACCGCUCCCGCUGCGGCAGCGCCGGCGCGCGCUUCCUGCAGGCACACAGCGAGAUUGGGCUGUUCCUGAGGACUCCACUGCUGGACGAGCUGCUCUCCCUCAAGCAGCUGCUUGUGGGGCCUGCUGACGCCAGCAGACUUGACCAUGGCAUGGCCUCUCCCAGGCAAGCACUUUUGGAAACCAUCCAUUUGCCGGGGCGCCAGGUGUCGGCUCUGGGCAGGAGCAGCGUGCCAGCGACGCUCGCCAGCAAGGCGUGGGACACAUGCUCGCUGCCAGCUGGCAGCCACGCCAAAUCAGGCCCCCUGCCAGACAUCCCCAAGAGCUGCUUUGCAGCGUAG